UAGGUUAUAUGAUAUGGCACAUUUUAUAAAUGUUCAGUCUCACAUUUCAGGAAAAAGUAUGCUAUAUCUGACUAGCCUAUUUAAUUAUUGGCAUAAUUGUAGGCCAUACCAGGCUACCUCUUUAUAAAGUGAAACACAAUUUUGGAUGUGACCAAUCACAUUAGCCCCAUGUUAUUAAAACGCUGGAGCGGUCCUCCAAAUUCCAAACUUUGAUUUGGAUGAAAAUGCGCAAAUACAGUUGCAGGAAUGAUGCGCUUGCGCAAGACGCGCGCGUGUUGCUUUGUUUUUUCCCUCUCUCAGGAAUUUUGUUUGACUGCUGCUGGUGGCUAGUAUUGAGUCCUGCGCGCAUGGGACUUUGUAGUAGCCGGUUAUGGCGGUAGUGUGUAGAUUUUCAUGAGGCGGGCAGGAACAAGCACCGUACGCCGGGGAGAACAGCUAGAGUCUGAAGCCAUGGCGGGCGUGUUCGAUAUUGAUCUGGACCAGCCGGAGGAAAAUGUCUCUGACGAUGAGCUCGAGGACGGGACUCAACUCAGUGAGAGCAUGGAGCAGUCCAGCAGCUUUGAAUUUGACAUGGAGGAUUGUGAGAAAAUUGAGAUUUCCGAGGACAGCGUCAACCAAGGCACGGAGCAGAUUCGGCCGGAGUGUUUCGAGCUUCUACGAGUGCUAGGGAAAGGGGGCUAUGGAAAGGUUUUUCAAGUCAGAAAAGUGUCCGGGGCUGCAUCUGGAAAGAUCUUUGCCAUGAAGGUCUUAAAGAAGGCGAUGAUUGUGCGUAAUGCCAAGGACACGGCUCACACCAAGGCAGAGAGGAACAUCCUGGAGGAGGUGAAGCACCCCUUUAUAGUGGACCUCAUCUACGCCUUCCAGACCGGCGGCAAGCUGUACCUCAUACUGGAGUACCUCAGCGGUGGAGAGCUGUUCAUGCAGCUGGAAAGAGAAGGCAUCUUCAUGGAGGACACGGCAUGCUUCUACCUGGCGGAGAUCUCCAUGGCGCUGGGUCACCUGCAUCAGAAGGGCAUUAUCUACCGCGACCUCAAGCCAGAGAACAUCAUGCUCAAUGACAAGGGUCAUGUGAAGCUGACCGACUUCGGCCUUUGCAAAGAGUCCAUCCACGAUGGCACAGUCACUCACACGUUCUGCGGGACCAUUGAAUACAUGGCUCCAGAGAUCCUGAUGCGUAGCGGGCAUAACCGGGCAGUGGACUGGUGGAGCCUGGGAGCGCUGAUGUACGACAUGCUGACCGGCGCUCCACCAUUCACUGGUGAGAACCGGAAGAAGACUAUCGACAAGAUCUUGAAAUGCAAACUCAACCUUCCUCCUUACCUCACGCACGAGGCCAGGGACCUUCUGAAAAAGCUGCUAAAAAGAAAUGCAUCGCUGCGGUUGGGUGCCGGGCCAGGCGAUGCUUCAGAAGUACAGGCACACCCCUUCUUCAGGCAAAUCAAUUGGGAUGACCUGCUCGGCCGCAAAGUUGAACCGCCAUUCAAGCCUUUUCUGCAAUCGGCAGAUGACGUGAGUCAGUUCGACUCCAAGUUCACCAGCCAGACGCCAGUGGACAGCCCUGAUGACUCCACUCUCAGCGAAAGUGCCAACCAAGUCUUCCUGGGCUUCACGUAUGUGGCCCCAUCUGUACUUGAGAACGUGAAGGAGAAGUUCUGCUUUGAGCCAAAAGUGCGCUCCCCACGGAAGCUCCUGGACAGCCCACGGACACCAGUGAGCCCUGUGAAGUUCGCUGGGGGUGACUUCUGGCUGCGAGGCGGGCCUCUCCCCGGCGGCCCCUCCGCUUCCUCCACCUCAGCCUCUGCAUCCUCCCUGAACUCCUCAGCCGCCGCCGGCAGCGGCGGCGACCAGCCCAUGGAGGUGUCCGCCGUAGAGCAGAUGGACGUCAGCAACAGCAACACCAACGCAGAGGUCUCCGCCCCCUUACCUAUCCGCCAGCCCCUGGGAAGCGGCAUGGGCGGCCCCUUCCGCAAGCAGCAAGCCUACCCCAUGCUGUCCAAGCGGCCCGAGCACCUCCGCAUGAACCUAUGACCCAGGGGAAGGCAGCGCUCCCGCCCUGACCUUCGCCCUCGCCCUUGCCCUCGCCCUCGCCCUCACUCGCCCCGGAGCUCUGAGCCAGCUGGACGCUCUGGCUAACUCCGUACCCUAACUCCCUACUCUUUGGCCUCCUUAUCCUCUUCUUUUUAUUAUUAAAACUGAAGACACUUUAGAAAAGAAAUGAAAUUACUCCAGUGGCCCCCCCCCCCAAGCCUUUCCCUUUCCGUUUUUUUUUUUUUUUUAAUUUGUCCCGGUAACUGACCAAGGCUGUAAGGGUGGAGUUUCCACAUUGGAAGGUUGUGUCUUUUUUUCUUUUCUUUUUUUUUAAAAAAAAAGUCUUCGCUGCCAUCAUGAAUUGCACGACAGAGGAGGAGAUGUGGCAAGAGAAGAGAACAGAAUGAGAGAAGAACAAAUGAAAGAGAGAAAGUGAAGAGAAGUAUUCCUGUGCGCCACAUGACUUUUUGGGUCUUUUUUGCGCUUUGCACACGCUGGUCAGUGUUUGGCGGGAAACGGCGCUGGAAUAGGCUACUCUUGUUCAGCGUGCGUGUAUAAGAAAAAAAGACAGAAUGAAAGAAAAACCUAGCUUCUGAUUACUGGUGCUUUAAAUAUUCCCUAGAGACUUGGCCCAGGGAAACACACACUGCUGCUGCCUACACAGCAGGAGGCUUUGAUACUGAAGUGUAGAACACACACACACACACACACACACACACACACACACACACACACACACACACACACACACACACACACACACACACACACACACACACACACACACACACACCACUUAAGCUUAGUCAUGAAUCAGUCACAUCAAAGCAAGUGUGGUAAAGGAGUUUUUUAACAAACGUACAAAAAAAAACCUAGAAAACGAAAUGAAAAAGAAAAAAAAGAGGAGGGAAACUGCUAACACCCUUGCCUUAUUUUUUUGGUUCUGUGACCUGGGCUGUCACAUUAGUUUGACUAAAAAGUGAUCAAAAUCCUUUUUUACCCCAUCCCCUCUUUUUUUCUGUAACAUUGCCAUGGACAUUGUUGAGGAAGACGUCAGGAAGCCUCUGCCUCGAUGGAGUUGACUUUUACCUGCGGUUUCAUCAAUUGAUUGCUUUGCGGACAUGCGUAACUACUUGAUGAAUUGGACUCGGAUGAUUUUUGCUUAAUGUAUUUUUGCUUUCAUUUCUUUUUUUUUUCGUUUUUGUAGAAUGUAUGCUGGCUUUAAAAAAAUGCUUUUGAUGGUCAUGAAAUGAAGACUUGAAAAUGCUCCCAAACUCUUUAACAGUGUUGAAAUGUAGUGAAGUGACAGUUUUCUGGGUGACGAAAAAAAAAAGUGUGAGCUUUUCGUUGUAUGUAUGUAUGUAAACAAGAAAAAAAGAAACUGUAACUUCGAGAGAUUAGCGCUGGUUCGAACGAAUGUAAAACGUUCAAUCCAAGAAUCUCAGAUAUGCGCUCACGGACAGAAGACACCUUCAUCACGAUCAUUAUCUAAUAUAUCAAAUGCUGUACUACCCACACAGUUCCUUCACGAGCCCUCAAUGGUUCAAGACCUUUUGAAUUUGUUUCAGCCUACCUCUACUAUAUCUAUAGUUUCCUGGGGGGUAUUCUAACAACAUGGUUAAGUGAUAACACCUGUCGAAAUUAACCUACAGGAAGUGGUAAAGCUGCUGAUAGAUACCUCCACAUGUGUCAUUCAAUUAAGAAAUUGAGGACUCCAGGCUCUUCUAUUAGAUGAUUUACCACUAUCUCAAGGUUAACUUAACCUGGGGUGUUUUUUCUCAACAACAUCAUUGUGAACUAAGUAAGUUAGCAACUUACUAGGUUUCCAAUGACUAAUUGCACUGCAAGCAAGUAAGUUGCUAACUGGUUAGCCACAAUGCUUUUGAGAAACAGAAUCCUGGUUUACUACCUAGUCAGGUUCCUGGCGAUACCCGGAUGCUCCUAGACCUCCUGACCAGCUCCCGCAGUAGACGUAGGGGUCAUGUGUUUGUCCUGCUCUUAAAAAAAAAAAAAAAAAAAUCUGUUGUCAGGUUAGCGUCUUGGCUGACACUGAACUAUAUAUGUUGCGUUAUCAUGCAUCUAUAACAGCUGUCAGAGACUGUACAUGAGGCACUCAUAACUUUAUUGAAACAUGACUCAGUCGUAACUAAGCUUUCAUAAAUGUGGAAGACAGAAUGACAUGUUGAAAAACAAGCAUUUCCAUUUUUUAUUCCAACAUUUUUUUUGUGGUGUCAUGUCUGUCUCGUCGAGUCUUCCACCUGCGUGAAAGGUUUGUUAUGAAUGUUGAGUCAUGUGUCACGAAACAGUCAUCAAUGCUGUAUGUGCAGUUUAUGUCCAAUGUUGUUAAAUGCAUUAUGCGUGUAGUAAAGUGUUACUGGUUUUUUUUUUUUUUUUAUCCAUGUGAAUGAAGGGCAGGUCUUUCACCAUCAGCCCCCAAGCUAUGGUUACUCCAUAGGCUGCUUGUUUUGGUAACACUUUACUUGACGUAGGUGUCAUAUGCAUGAUAUGACAUAAUGUCAUAACAGUUUCAUAAUGCAGUCAUCCGUGUGUCAUAAACAUUAUGCCAAUGUCAUUAACAUUUUAUGACUUUAUCAUUAAGUAACAUUUGGUUAUGGCAAAGACAGCCCUAACAAUGUCACCUUCCAUAAAACAUUUAUGACACUGACACCAUGUUUAUGUCUCGCUCAUGACUGUGUCAUGACAUUGUUUUGACGCUAUUAUGAUACUUAUGUCAUUCGUAUGACGCUGUCGUCAAUUUAAGCGUUACCCUUGUUUUUAAACGGUUGAGCAGAAGUGUCACUGCGAAAGACGUGUCUUAAAAAAUGUCUGUUACUGUACGUGUUGAUGUAAAAACCUAAACUGCUGCUGCUGCUGUAUCUGCGACUGACUGACUGAGUGUGUUUGGGAGAAGCCAUAAGACGAGAUCUUUGUGUUAUCGGGGCGGGAGAAAUUGGCACCUGACUAUUGAUGACGAUUAUGGCUGAAAUUAACACAAAUUAUUUUGUAGGGGUUUGAUUUAGCAAAUCAAGUGUGAAAAGCCUUGUGAUUGGUGAGCACAUCUGUGCACAAACUUGGGAAGGACUGUUAAAAUGAAUAUGUAAUUCUAUAAUUUGACCGAUAAUCUGACAGGUGGGAUAAAAGUGUGCACUCAACUGCAUUGGGUUUAGCUCCUGAUCUAUCUACUGAACAAGUGGUCGUUUUAGUUGCCUUUAAAGGCAAAUCAAGACCUUCACCCCACUCACAGGGUUUAACAUUGUGAUGUACUGUUGUAAAAGACAUGAUCCGUGUAAAUUGUUGUUAUUGUUUCACAUUUUAUGUAAUAUUAUUUUAGUAUUCUCUCUUCAUAUAUUUAAAUUCUCCCGUGAGCUUUUUAUGCUUAUUUUGAGCCUUGCAUUUGUCCUCCUCCUAGUCCCGCCUAGACUGAAAUCAGGCUUGUCUUUUAUACUCAACAUUUUGAUUUAAAGCAACUCAUUUUAA